GCCUCUUGCACAUGACACAAAGUUUGAAUUCCCGCAGCGCGUUGACACAGACCCGCACUUUCAAGCAUGGAAGAACUGGCAAUAGAAAGCAUCAGCUUGUUAACAAAAUCCUCGCUGGACACAGAUGGACAAAAAUUAGGUUCUUUAGGAGCGAUUUUCAUCAUGCUCAAGUCCGCGCUGGGGGCAGGACUUCUUAUCUUCCCCUGGGCGUUUGAGAAGGCUGGAGGAAUUCAUUUCGCUGUCACCGUGGAACUGAUUUCUCUUGUGUUCCUCAUCAGUGGUCUGGUCAUCCUGGGCUAUUCGUCUUCUAUAAGUGGACAAAACACAUAUCAGGCUGUGGUCACUUACAUGUGCGGUCCUUCCCUAGGCAAGCUCUGUGAGAUCUGCUAUGUCUUCAAUCUCUUCAUCAUAUCUGUUGCUUUCCUGGUCAUAGUGGCUGACCAGCUUGAGACAUUGUGUAUCUCCAUGUAUGAGUUAAUCACGGGCUUGCCAGAAUCUGAGAUGCCGUACCACUGGUACACAGACCAGAGAUUUGCCCUGUUUCUCCUAUGUCUCUUUCUCAUUUUUCCUCUCUCUGUACCUAAGGAGAUUAGCAUACAGAAAUAUACUAGUGUUAUUGGAACUUUUGCAGCCGCCUAUCUCACUGUAGCCAUCAUUGUGAAAUACCACACGAGGCCGGUCCAUGAGAUCAAUCUGUCACCUCUUUACAGCAGUGGAAUCAGCUCAUGGGCUUCAAUGUUCAGCGUUGUCCCGACUAUCUGCUUUGGCUUUCAGUGUCAUGAGGCCUGUAUUGCUGUCUACAGUAGUAUGAAGAACAGGAAGCUAUCACACUGGGUCUUCAUUUCUGUGGUGUCCAUGUUCAUCUGCCUCAUCAUCUAUUCUCUUACUGGAAUCUAUGGGUAUCUGACGUUUGGAAAGAAUGUUGCUCCUGAUAUUCUGAUGUCGUACAGUGGGCGCGAUGUAACAAUGAUCAUCGCCAGGGUGCUGUUCGGGAUCUCAAUCAUUACAAUUUAUCCUAUCAUUGUCCUGCUUGGAAGAUCUGUGAUUCAAGAUCCGUUGUUAAAGCGCCGACGCAAACACACAGUGGUGACUGAAUCCUACGAAAGCCGAACUCGUUUUGCCCUGACCACAGUAUGGGUCUCAGUCACAUUUCUCAUUGCAGUCCUCGUUCCAGACAUCAGCAAAGUGAUCAGUGUGGUUGGGGGAAUCAGUGCUUUCUUCAUCUUUAUAUUUCCAGGACUUUGCCUGAUAUUUGCUGUACAGUCAGGGUCAGUUUCUCCUACACUGAGAUAUCUUCUUAUUACAUGGGGAAUGAUCACACUUUUCUGUGGUGCCUAUAUCUUUGGACAGAGUACUUCAAUCGCAAUGAUGCAACUCAUAAAUGAACUCUAAAUUUCUUUUGCAACUUGUAUUGUUCUUGAAAAUAUUUAGCCAAUUUUGUAAAUAAGUUAGAUUUAAAGCCCUACUGUUUGGUAAUUAUUUUAGUCAUGGGUCCAAAUUUUUUUGUUGUUGAUGCAAUCUUGUAAUAAGAAGAAAUGUAGCAAUGAUAAUCCACCCUCAUAUGUGAUACAUCCCCCCAAAAAGAUGUACAUCUGUAAUAUUUAUGUAGUGUCUUUGUUGAAUGUUCUGCAAUCUUUAAUGACUCUUUUGCCCAGUUUCAUUAUCAUUGUCGCUAAAUUCAUUCUUAGACUGUUAUCUGUUCCAACUCUUGCCAUAUUAAAGCUAUACAUUUAACAGUAAAAAAGAUACAGAAUAAAGAGAGAGCAAGAGAGAGAUUAAUGAAUUAAUGUAAUCAGAAUUGUG